AUGGCAUUACAUCAAUUUGAUUAUAUUUUCGGCAUAACUAUGCUGUUUGCAUUUCUUGACGCAUUUAAUAUCGGUGCCAAUGACGUCGCAAACUCCUUUGCGUCUUCCAUCUCAUCGAGGUCAUUGAAGUAUUGGCAAGCAAUGAUUUUAGCAGGCUUAUGUGAGUUUCUAGGAGCCGUCUUAGCCGGAUCCAGAGUCGCUGGCACAAUAAAAAACAACAUUGUCGAUCCUAAAGUAUUUGUAAACGACCCUGCAGUUCUCAUGAUUACCAUGUCAUGCGCCCUUGUAGGAUCCGCUUGCUGGCUUACUGUUGCGACGGCAAUUGGUCUUCCUGUCUCCACAACUCAUGCAAUUGUAGGUGGUACAAUUGGAGCAGGAAUUGCUGCCGGUGGUGCUUCAAGCAUUGUUUGGGGUUGGAAAGGUGUGGCUCAAAUAAUUGCAUCCUGGUUUGUUUCUCCAGUUUUAGCAGGAUGCAUUGCAGCUGCAAUCUUUUUAGUUUCUAAAGUCUGCGUUCUCGAAAUAAAAAACAUUGAAAGAUCCAUCAAAAAUGCACUUUUACUUGUGGGAUUUUUGGUAUUUGGCACCUUUUCUGUCUUAACGAUGUUAAUCGUUUGGAAAGGCUCUCCAAACUUACACCUAGACAAAUUGUCAGGCACAGAGACAGCUGUCUCCAUCAUAUUGACAGGCGCCGUCGCGUCUGCUAUCUACUUCAUUUUCUUUUACCCAUUUUACAGAAGAAAGCUUUUGCACAAGGAUUGGACUCUGAAAUCUUAUGAUAUACUGAGGGGACCAGUGUUUUAUUAUAAAUCUAUCGAAGAUAUACCGCCAAUGCCGAUAAAUCAUGAGUUAACCAUCGACUACUAUGAAGGCAGGCGGUUUGACAAGGAAAAAGAAAAAAGAGAAGCCGUUGAAGAAGUCACGUUUGACUACGCUGACUAUUCAUCAAAAGCUGCAAGUGACGAAAUAAAAACCAAGACCAAAAUAGUGAAGCAGGAUGAAAUCGAACAAGAAAGCCAGCUUUGCACAAGGGAGCUAUGGAAGUCGUUGCUUUUCAAAGGUCCAAAGCGGUGGCCCAGACUCAUGUGGCUGAUUAUCUCGCAUGGAUGGACCCAGGAUGUUAUUAACGCGCAGGUUAAUGAGAAAGAUAUGCUAUCGGGAGAUUUGAAAGACAUGUACCAGAGAUCCAGGUUCUAUGACAACAGACUUGAGUACAUUUAUUCUGUUCUUCAGGCUAUAACGGCUGCAACAAUGUCUUUCGCCCAUGGGGCAAAUGAUGUUGCAAAUGCGACUGGGCCUUUGUCAACAGUUUAUGACAUAUGGAGAUCUAAUAGAGUCGACACCAAAACCGAGGUCCCAGUCUGGGUGUUAUGUUAUGGCGGCGGCGCUCUUGUUUUAGGUUGCUGGGUAUAUGGCUAUAACAUUAUAAAAAAUCUGGGAAACAAGCUUAUUUUGCAAUCUCCUUCACGUGGUUUCUCUAUUGAGUUAGCAGCCGCGGUUACCACAGUUAUGGCUACACAGCUGGCUAUUCCAACCUCUACGACCCAAAUAGCAGUUGGGGGCGUUGUUGCUGUCGGGCUUUGUAAUAAAGAUGCCAAAUCCGUCAAUUGGAGAAUGGUUGGUUGGUGUUACAUGGGAUGGUUUUUGACCCUACCGAUUGCUGGACUCAUCGCUGGUAUUUUGAAUGGUAUUAUUCUCAAUGCACCAAGAUUUGGGGGAAAUUAUGAGAUGACAAAAUAA